UACACAUAUCUCUGUGUUAAAACGUCACGCUUAUGAGAAAGAUAUUUGUUGUCUUUGUAGUUUUGACAUAUGAAUUAAGUGUUCUUUGUUGUUACUUUAGUUACAUGUUCUGUCAUAGUGACAUUCGGUAAUGUGUAUAUGAAUGGAUUUCGAGGAGAAAUAUCUGGACCACCAAGAAAAUGAUGAAAUGGAAAUGAAUCGGUGUGAACGUAAAGAAGGUGGUAAGCGUGGUCGGAAGCCUGGUAGGAAAUCAAGUGACAAAAUUGAUGUGAAAGCAAAAUUAGAGCGAAGCAGACAAAGUGCAAGAGAAUGUAGAGCAAGGAAAAAAUUAAGAUACCAGUACUUAGAAGAACUUGUGGCUGACCGGGAAAAGGCUGUUCUAGCACUGCGGAAGGAACUUGAAAAGUAUAGAUUGUGGGGAAAGGAACUAGAUGAAGGCCGUAUGCCAGAGGGCAUGCAGGUACUUCUGGAGGAAAUUGGAGCUGUGAAACAAGAAAAGUGUUGAACUUCAGUAUGGACACAAUUUUGAGUAUUGUGUAUCUUUUUUGUACAUAUAAAUGCAUGAUGGAGAAUUUUUAUGUGAAAAUUAUAUAAAUGUAGUUUUCAGUUUUUGAAUGUUGAUAUGUUCUGUACAUAUUGUUGUGUAAAUCUGUCCACUGUACUCAAAAGAAUGUUAAUGUGUAAAGAUAUAUGUAACAUGAUGGAGCAUAUUAUCUACAGAAAAAUAACCAA